GAAGACAAGACUAGCCAAGAUUUGAGCGCUUUCUAUGUCAUGGCAGACGACGCUCGAGAUGGGAAGUCCGGCUCCAACGCGUUAUCCAGCGUGUUUGCGGAAAUAUCUCAGCUGCGUUCACGUGAAGCCACGGACAUCACACCGUCCGGCUUCGUUGUCGUGACAAGUGCCAGUUUCUGGAUGGACAUCUUUAUCCGGCACUUUUUGUGCACUGAGGGCGUGGACCAGCAUGAUGACCUUGUGUUCUUUGUUAAGAAGACGGCAUCCAAGGCAGCUCGACGCUAUGUUCCACGCCUGGAGACGACCGUGCAGGUGUUUCGUCGCAACUCCAAGAAGCUGCCCAUAGCUGACUUGGAUCUGCACUGGGAGGAGACAGUGUACCUGAACCUGAUAGUGCAGCAGCUGGAGUACACGCUCACAGCAGCCGCAUGCCUCCGCACGGGGAACCAGCAUUUGCAGGUGCUGCGGCGACGCUCUCAGCGUGUGUAUGCCUCUCCUACGCGGCAUAGCAUGGAGGACAAAGGGGACACGGAGGAAGUGGCCUACCCGGACAUCUUCUUUGCUGUUGACAACUACGAGGAGGCUUUCCAAGGGCUGAACCUGAGGCCGGGUGAGCUGCUGUGCGUGGAGCUGUGCGCUCGGUGUCGUGAUAGCCCCCAGGCGGCGCUACUGUUCCUGGGGUGCGUGGCGCACGAGCCCCUUGCUCGGACCCUGGCCCGUGCCGACGCUUCCUCGUCUGCCACGCCACGGGGCCGGUGCCACUUUGUGGGCCUGAGGGGGCCCCAGGGGAGGGGCCAGGCACAGGUGGCGCUGAGGAGGGCGGCGGCUGUACCCUCACAGGAGUGGCCUUGCGGUUCGUGGCGCCGGAGUUCUGAGCCUGGCUUGGCGCCACCGCCGAACCCAGGACCGCUGCACCGGUGUCGAUCCGAACGGCAAGGCAUCGACCAGUGCGGAACUGGGGAAGAACUCGAAGCUGACGACCUCCGAGAUGCUCUUUGUGGAGAAGACUGUGCACCCGUUGGCAGCAACAGAAACGAGGGCCUCUUGGACACCAUGCUGACGUACGUGGCACUACCAUGGCACCACAUUGUGGCCGACCUGUUGGACAUCCGACGGGAGCCCCUGCUUACCUUCUAGCUUCUGCUCAUCGUACAAGCAUCACGGGCCGCUCGGCCGCAUUUUUUCUAGUUCGACACAGAGACUGCUCCCUCGUCACGUUCUCCAGGUCAAAUGCGGUCUGUGGGGGGAGGCAGCGGUGCACAAGAGCACGAUGCUCAGUUCUAGAAAAAAAACUACACAUCUUCCAAAUUUUUGCGCCGUAACAUGUUGCAGACAUUGCACUUCGAGGCCUUUCCAUCUGUGUGGAAGCACAUGCGUUGGUUCUUCACAUUGCACCAAAUUUGGCUGUAUGAGAAUGGGCACGAGCACCUUCUGUUUACAGUGCUCAGUCUAUCUGCUUCUGGCAGCCCAAGAAUUGGCCAAGCUAAGUUACAUUCACGCUUGUUGUCUGCACGGACAUUGUUCAGGAGUAGAGCUUGUCUCAAUGUCAUUAGUAGCUGCUUUAAAUCGUUCAACCGACGACCUGGUGUGAAGCGGGAUAUCCAGAUUGGUAUUGUACAUUAACCAUACUCUGGGACAGGAUUGGUCGAAGCUAAGCAUGUAGGCUCCAUUCCUUGUGCCCCGGAUACUCGAAUUCUGGUGAAAGUUUAGAGAAACAUUGCACAGGACACAUUUCAGCCAUCAAAUUUUCCGUAGGCAUUGCCCAGCAUCACUGUGCAUAUUGCCAUGUGCAACAGUUGAUAGGUACUUUUAAUUUUAAAAAUUGAUGUUGCACUACUGUUUUCAUUAGUGUGUUGUGUUAGUCAUUAAUCUAGCACAAGUCAUCAUAACAAAGCACAGCCAACUAGUCCCUUUCCCUUCACUGGUGAACUUGUUUAGCUUUAGCUUAGAGGGUCCGGCCUUGUGAUGAGUCCUACUAUACCAGAUGUUACUAUAACUAUUGAGUGCGGUGUCUGCCACAAAAUUAAGACAUUUCACACGAUUUCCUACAUUUGUACAAGCACCAAGAGCGUGCACAUCAUUGCAUGUGUGGCCAGCAGCUCAUCAUAACAAGUUUUUACAAAAGUUGCGGUAUUCUCACAAUGGAGUAGUGCAUACUGAAACUUAUCUUUGCUUGCCAUUGACAGAGUGCAUCUAGCACAAAGGCGUUUUCUUCUAACAUAGCAGCAGGCAGGGGUCCUGUGCAUUGCAUUUGUAUGCAAAUUAUUUACUGCAGCUUUCUUUCACCACACGCAGACACCAAAUCUCUCCAGCUCAAAAAACGACUUCAAUAUAUUUGCAUAAUUGCAUGUAGAGCAUUUUCAACAUGCAUGCAUGUCUCAUUUUUUUUGUCCCAGCACUGCAUAGAUUGAUAAGGCCUUGCCUACAAGAUCUGCAAUCAUGACUCAAUGACAGAAAUGUCACUACGGUCUUACUGAAAGCAGAAAAAGACUGGUUUCGGUUUGGAAUCUGCAAGCCAUGCAUGGGAGCUGCACUUGUGGCCAGUUGGUUAUACGUGUUUGGAUGAACACGCUUUGGAUAUGCACGUAGACAAAAUCAGACAAAGCAAGCACAGUCGCACUCUUUGUGGUGCAUGCUUCGUCCGGUUUUGUACCUGUGCAUAACAGCAUGUUUAUCUAAGUCAUGCAUGGGGGGACAACUGUGUGGGCACAGUUGCUUGGAAGGGUGGCAUUGGUUAGACAGCAUCGCAGUUACCUUUGACAGUGAAAGCAUGCUGUCCUCGAAAUGAUUCCGUCCGUAACAGGCUCGCAGUGUGAAACUUAAGGCGGCAGUAGCGGCGACAGCGCUAACUGUGGCAGUAUCAGCUGUAGUUCUCACUUGUUGGACAGUACCUUUCAUAAUGCCUUCAGUCUUUAUAACACUUUUUUUUUUGCUUCUGGCAAGAAAUCGUUCGCAGUCACGGCUGUGUGUGUUCAACAGUUGUGUCCAAGUAUAAUAAGCUGUCUACAACAUUUUUCCUGAGCAGACGGAAGUGAUAAUAGAGCCACUACAAAAUCUAAGUGAGCCAUAAUGUUUGUCAGAAAAGACUCAUGCUGAAGCAUGUGCAGUGUUUACUGCUGUGUUCACACGUGUUGCGUUACUUGCCAUAUAGCGAUUGGACCAGGGGUCUCAGCCUGGCUUGUUAAGUACGUGCAGUGAGGUGAGUAACAUUGGCUAAAUUAACACCCAAUCAUCACUGCACUGAUUUAUCGCUAGGUGCUUCAGGUGUUAGCUUGCAGUGUGUUGAAUAAUGAGACCUACACGAUUUGCCUGCACUGGCUGAACUAGUUUAUGCUGUGCAGUAGUUAGCGUUUUGGUUGGUCUACUGGGUGCGAGUCACGUGUAGACCACUCACUUUCUGUGAAGUCAGUUAACUGUGCGAUCGCUCUGCAGAAAUAGUUGCACGUUGAUUGCAGUUAUUGCGAUGUUGGAAGCCCUGCCACACGACAGCGACAAAAAAUUUAAGGAAACAAUUUUCUACCCUGCCAACAAGUGCCGAGUACUUGUGUGCCAACAUUACGACUGUUGUGGGACGUGCUUUGUUGACAUUAUCAACACCAUUUCUGCAUCAUCAAUGCAGGUCUUACAAGGCCUGCUUCAGAGCAGUUCACAUUUUAUUUAUUUGCUGGCAACAGCAUCUGACAAUCGUGUCGCAACUGCAUAACAUUGCCAUCGAACUGCAUACAACUGCCUUGGACAGUACUUGCAGAAAAGUCUAAUGUACUGUCAUGAAUGAAAGUAGCAUCAUCAGUGACUUCCUUUACAUGUUCAGUCACCAUGAAAUGUACAUGCUUCACAAGACAGUGAAAGGCGUGUGAAUACCACACUCAAUAAUUGUACAUAGGCCCACGACAUCGUAAUACUCAGUUGCAUCAUCAUCAGCCAUUGCUACCACAGCCGUACCAUAGCCGGUGUCAUUGACUCUCAUGAUGUUGCUGCUUGCAUCAAUGCAUAAUAAUUACUAACAUGGUUAGCUGUAGCUCCCAUGAUCUUUUUGGACAUCCUGUAGUAUAAUGCGAGAAUGUUUAAACCUUGGCAGUUUGCCUACUGACUAUUGCACUCUGGCCUAACUGACGUUAGGGUUUGAAUGCUUGCAAGCCCAUUUGCUGAUGUCAAACCUCGAUAUAGCAAGCAUGGGUAUAAUGAAUCACGGCAUAUAAUUAAACAAAUCUAAAAUGUUUCUUGCCAAUGUCAGUGUGUAAUGAUCAUAUGUUUAUGAUGGAUAUUGUGUAUAAAGAUUUUAUGUGUCAGAGGCGACUUCAUUAUAGUGAAGUUCAACUCUACUGCCCAGCUACAAGGUUGUCUCAGUAGUGUCGGCUCCCUUCUAUUGGUGGCACUUUAUAAGUCAGCGAAAAAGAAACUGCAUCAAAGAAAGUGGGAGAGAGUGCACUGUUCUAUCUUUAGCACAGUCAAACCUCGAUAUAACGAAGUUGUACUUGCAGCGAAAAACUUCGUUAUAUCGAGAAUUUCGUUAUAUUGAGAUUUUGUUAAUUCAAUAGAACUCGGAUGGGGAAAUAAAAAUAGUUGGUUACAUCGCGAAUUUCGUUAAAUCGAGGUCCGUUAUAUCGAGGUUUGACUGUCUUUUAUGUGUGCUACAUAACAGACGUUGAACAAGCAAGAUCUGUUAACCUUGCCUAACUGACCCAUCGCCUUGCUUAAGCAACCUACUGGUUAGGAUGUUUACCAACUGAUAGGCUACCAACUAGCAUGUUGUGAACUACUAGUAAGUUUGCCAACUAGCAGGGUGUAACUCUGUUAGGCAGUCUUUUAACCUCACUUUACAGACACAUACUUGGCCUCACACUGGCAGCCAAUUAGCUAAUCAGUUUCAUGCCCAGUGCAUUGACACAUUUGAUAUUUCGCUGCUGGCUACAUUUCUUUCUUUGGACAUGCUAUAAUCUUUUCCAAGGUGACGCUGCGCACAGCUUAAUAUGCAGCCACAAUCGGAGAAUCUGCAUUUACAUUGCGCGAUGAAAUGCUGUAUAUGACUACCAAUGAAAAGGUGCUGAAUUGCAAUGUCUGCAACACAAUGUUGUGCAGUGCUUUGAGUCCUUUAUUGGCAUUCAUAGCGAAUUGUUUUCCCGUCUAGUCAUUCCAUGCACCAUUGGCUAGCAGCUGCUGGUCAGCUGCCUAGAGACGUCUGCCGACAAAGCUCAAAACAAUCUGGGACAGCAAUGUUGCAAGUCACGCAGGCAGCAGCGCUGUUGUCCUCACUCACCCUCGAAAGACGGCAUUUUAAGUUUUGGAGCAAAGCAUUCCCUCGCUCCCCAGUUUACGCAGUCAUUUGUACUUCUAGACUUUAGACAUGUUCACGAUGUAGAACAAAGACGCACACGGCUGUCGCCAUGGAGGAAGGAAAAAAAAAAACUGAGGCGAUGCCCCGAUGUCAAUCUCUGCGAAGCCUCCUCGAACCGCCAGCUCCAUAUUACGGUCAACUCCUCUUCACCGCCUACCGUUGCUCAUUUCGAAGCCAAGCACACCUCCCCCACACUUUGUUCCAAGGUCACGUCAGCCACAGAGAGCAAACAGUGCCCUUAGCAACCAAAUCAAAUCGCUUUAUUUGGAGAUCACAGGAUGUUUGGGGGCAUGAAAAAAGAAAUUAAGCUGGCUUGACAAGGUCCUGCCCUCUAUGAAUGGCACACAGUAAAAAGUGAAGAUGAUUAAACAGGUUACUGACUUGCAGUAAGGGCAUAUUAAACAAUUUGCAUAGAAAAUAGUUUCAGCAUUUUCCAGCACAACAGAUCAGGAAACUUUAUGUAAACUGAUAGGCAACAACAAAUGUCGUUAGCUCGGAAUGAAUACCAUUAAGCAAAACGAGAUCGGCGAUGAAACCAGAAUUCAUGGUGCAAAGUAUGGAACACAUGAUGUAUAAAAAUGUGGGUAAUGUAAUGUGGGUUACUGUUUGCCCCAUAAAUGAGAACGAAAAAGACUAUAAUGACGCGUGACUUUCAUUACAUUUAUCACAAUACAUCCGGGAUACUUUGGGCUUUUCCUCGGUUUUUCUUCCUCCCCUACGGAUGUUGCCUUACAAAUGAUUCAUUUGACAGCACUCGUGUUAAAAAGUAAAUUCAAAAUGCCUUACCUGUUUAUUUUUUUAUAAGGAACACACCAUUUGGGAGAUAAUUUAUGUGUCUAGUCAUAGUCAUCUUGAAGUGAUUGUUCUUUAGCUUUUCACCACAGAAAAAAAAAAAAAAUCUCUAAGUCGCACAGUAGGUGGUUUACAGUCUGGUGUGUUUGCAUAAGUACUUCUGCUAAAAAAAAAAAAAAAGCGAGAGAGAGAGAGAGAGCGAAAGAGGUGCUUGUUUUGAAGUACAGAGAGUUCUGCCACGGACACCAUAAUUUCUGUUUCUGAGGCGAAGACCCCAAUAAUUUGGCGGCAGACAGAACGGUCAGCACUCGGCAUUUCCAAGUGGUUCCCAAACUCAACACUGCUUGGCUUCUGUGAGCCAACGAGAACUGCUGUAUUGACCGUGACACUAAAUGGAGCAAGUCCUUACUUUUCUCUUUUUUUUGAAGAAGUGGCUCAUGCUGCCUGCAUUGUGUGUGUGGAAAGACCUUGUUGAUAUAUUCAGAGUUUUGACGAGAACUGCUGUAACUCUCACAUGACUGACAGAGCAAGCAGUUUUGUUUGUUCCAGGAAGUGGAACACGCUGGCUGUACUGUAUGUGUGAAAAAAAACCUUGUUAUUAUAUACUCAGAGUUCAUUGGCGCUAUUCGGUAUACACUCUAUUAACCCAAAGCAGAGCUUUCAAUAUAAAAUCUAAUUUGGAGCUCUCAUAUCUUGUAGGAUCAUUAACGACGACGGUUGAAGAUGCAGAGUUGCUCUGGAAGUCCAGAAAAUCUGAAGACAAAUGACGAUCUGAAGCUGUAGUAUUAUGUUAGGAUUAUUUUUUUCUUACAUUAGAUAUUCGUUUCUGACCACCCAUCGCAGUGAGUGGCUGAUAGUGAUGAGAAAGAAAGCGUAGUGUCAUUCUAGCCAAUAAUCAAGGACAAAAAAAUAGAAAGCAAGAAGAAUCUUCACAUAAUAUGGCCUCUGAGCUCAUCUCAGAGUACUGCAUCACCACAGAUGCAUGUGAAACAGAUGACAUGAAGCUAGUACUGAAUACUUGUUCUGGAGGCACGACGUGGCAUGAAACAUAGUUUCCUUGAAAAAUUCCUGGACGAAUUCCUGCAGGUGCUAGUCACUAUAGGAGGAGCUGUGAGCACUCCUAAACUUUGUCCUUCUGGCUUCAAACAGCUUUGUUACUUUGCAAAGUGUUCAUUUCCAACAAAAUAUUGCGUUAGAACAACUUGCAAUGAUUAUGCAUGAACGCAGAGUCUUAUUGCUUUCAUGCAUUUAGAGAAUGAUUGCUUGGAAAUUCAGAAAGACAAAGCAUAAUAAAUAAUGCUACAAGAACCUCUGAAGCCGCAAGCACGAACGUUAGAUAAAUCCAUGCACUAGCCACGAACAUUCUCGUGGUUAGCAGAAUGAUUGUAGUGCCAGAGCUUACUGUAGUAAUUUAUUGUUAGAAACUAUGGCAGGAAAGACACGACACAACACACAAAAAAGUAGAGAUUAUGUAAUGGCUUUGGAUAAAGUUGAGUAAAAAAAAAUCACUUUGUGGGGUUGAGUUACAGUAUGGAAGGAAUAAAGACAACGUAAAAAAAAAAAAAAAACUGCCAGCAUAUUUUUGUUUAAGUAGAUAUGAUGGGUAUGUGUAGGGAAAGAGCGAACAUUCUGAGAGAGAGACAAAACAUGGUGAGAAGUUGCAAUGAGCAAGAAACAGGUUGAUGCUGCUGAAGCAUAAUAUGUUACAUUGCUCUUUUUUUGUUUUUAUAUAUAAGCACAUCACUUUCGUUAUCGCGCAUCUCUCAAGAACUGCAGUUCCUUCAUAAAAAAAGCUUAACUGAAGGCGUGGUGACACGAUAGUUAUCUACGUGAGAUUUCCUUGAAUAUUUCCCACAAUGUCUCGUUCAUCAAGUUACAGCGGGACAGGACCACUUUGCCUGCAGUGAAUGCCGAGACGACCAGCUGAGUUUGUGCACACAUUGCGUGUUCCCAUAGUUUUUCCGUGGGGCAGCAUCUGCAUGUUUGGUAUGUAGAGCAUGUCUGUAGAGGCACCACGAACACAUUACAGUUAACAGAAUAGUGAAGACCAGAGACCGGUAUGCAUAGCAACACUGGUGGCAACAUCUUGUGACGGAGACGUCGCGAGAUGGUGCUAAUGCAAACGUCAUAACCUAUCUGCUAGUGCAAACGCAUCAGCAGCAACUAUUAUCAGUGCUUAGUGGAUCUCUUUUCUUUCCAUCUGCGAGGGGACAUUGGUGCCACACUAAAAGGUUUCUAACGCAUUGUGGUUAAAGAAAACAUCACAGGAUGGUGCUAGUACCAGCGCUUGUGCUGGCGUCAACGUCUCCAGUGUUUAGGUAUUUCGUAAGCUGCGAUGCGUUCAUGUACAGGCUAAAACUCUCUUAUACUGCUGUCUGCCAGUUCACGAGAUUGUGUACAUUACUUCUAUUUCACACGUAUGGCAUGUGUCUCGUUUCUAGUCCUAGUACAUUUUGUAAAGUCUGGUGGCUUCUUUGUAAGUGCUAGGUCUAUUUUUUUUUUACGUUAGAAGUCAAUGCAGCGUUUGUUUAUGUGUAGCUGUCAUUAUCCCUACCAUGCUGCAAGUCAGCGAUCACAUCAACAAGCCCAAAUUCACAAGUCAUCACUGCGAUUGAAUCGGUACAGUUACUCUGCUAAAUUGUGAUCCAGCUUUGCAUCUUCAUUUGUCGUCGUGACGAAACUGUUAUGGCUGUAGCGUGCGCUUUCUGCAAUCUGCAACCAAGAAGUCGUCGUGGAUAGUCGAGUGUUAUUGAAUGUGUAUGUGCAGAGUUUUCCUGAUGCCUCUUGUCAACUGUGGCGCUGUCUUUCUGGGCUUGCUGUACCUGGCCGCAGGAUGUUGAGGUCAUGCAAACUGUCAACACGAGCUUUGCCUGUUUGAACCUUGGGUUGUUAUUGUUGUGUAGCUUUGCAAAAUGCUUUUGGACACUUACCACUGUGGCAUGCACCGCUGGGGCUGUGUGCAGUCCUUGCAGUAUGCCUUUUAUAUCGGUGUCGCAUGUGCAAGAUUAAUGGCGUUAAAACACUAAGUCCUUAAGUUCUUCGAUGGCGUUAUGUUUACAGUCAGCACAAUGCGCACAUGUUUAGUGCCAUUAAGCGCUGUGGUAAUGGCACAUGCAAUCAGUGCAGCAGGUUAUGAUUUGGGGUCAUAUUUCAAAAAAGGACGGCCAUCUGUCACUUAAACGCAUUAUUAGUUUCACUAAAAUGUGUUGGGAGGUACUUCUCAAACAAAAUCUGCUUUUUCAACUGUAUUGAUGCUCAUGUCUAGAAGCAUCCCUGUCUACUGCUGUCCAACCCAAAGCUGAUGCGGUUCAAGCAAAAUGUCACCUCUUGUUUGAACAAUGUGAAACUAAUUAUAUAUAUGACAGUGCCGAUGACUUCUGAUGUGCGAAUAUAGUUUCAACAAAUGAUCAUAAUGACUUUGUUGCGCAUGUGUUUCAAGCCGUCUAACUCAAUGUUUCUCAACACAAACAUUGAGAAUGAGGGUAUGCUUUCACCAGUAGCGCACCCAGGAUCUCGGCCAGGGGGGGGGGGGCUGACAGUUUGCCAAUACCAUUUAAACAGCACUAAUUUCGAUUUGUUCACGGGAAAUUGUCAAAAAAUUCGCUUUUUGCGAGUGUGCAGACGAUUGCGCGUCUUACAUCUUAGUUGCAGUACCCGAAUGCGCAAGGAAAGAAAAGAGGUUAAACAAAAGGGAGGGUUAGGUCGGCCUCAGGGGAGGCUUACAACCCCCGAAUCCCCCCCCCCCCCCGUCGGUGCGCCACUGGCUUUCACGUUUGUACGGAGUUAUUGGAACUCGGCAUGUUGCUAAUGGCACUAAAUCUACCUGUGUGGCAGCACACGAAUGUCCUUUGCAGUAAUCUCAUUAGCACUUAAUGCCAUUAAAUUUGCUUGUGUGGCACAGGCAGGUAAUGCGAGGUUCUCAUGUGAAUGUGAGCAGUGUGCUUGCAUCGAUGUGGACAGGGGUGAACCUUGACCUUUAGGAGAAAGGAGAUGUGUUGUGCUGCGGCUUGCAGUUUUUGGCUAGAAGUGUUGCUUUAAGCCUGUAGCAAAAUGGCGCAUCUAGUCAAAUUUACAUUGCCCUCUUGCUGGCAGAUGAGUGUAAAUUGACUUUAUUUUAGAUAUGCGAAAUGGGUAUUUAUUGCUGUGGAAACCAAAGGGACACUGGGUAGAAAUACUCGAUAAAUUUAUAGUGUGAUAUAAAUAUAAUAUAUUUAAUUAUAAUUAUAAUUAAUUAUAAUUAAUUAAAAUUAAUUUAAUUUAUAUGUACUAUAGGUAUAAAUUUAUUUCCUAAAAAAUGUUUGCAUUUCUUUAGUGAAACAAAGUUUUCAGCAGACAAAAGUGAGGCUAAACUUUCUUCUAAAUUUUACGAAAUCCAUUGCAUGAGUAUGAUGUCAGAGAUUUCAUUGUGUUUUGAGAUGUGUUCAUGAAGAAAUGUUCCCAAAAGUAGCCAGGUUGAGUUCCUACUUAGUUUUGAAUGUAGUGUAAUCUUGAUUAGUAAGCAAGAAACUGGCUCAAUAUAGACACUGUCAAAAUCAUUAUCAUGGUCAAAUGGCGCAGGAAGUGUUGUUUCUGUGUCCUUACUGGCUUUCUACAUUUCGCAUACAGUAAAGCUGAUUUGUUUGUGAUCCAGUGGCAUAAUCUACCAAUCUGUGUUGACCUAUUAAUUCUCUUAAGUUUCUCUUUAAUGCAAAUACUCCUGUCAGAAUUGUGACAUCAGAACAGCAUGAACAAAACAACUGGACUUAGUUGUACCAGUGUUCUUAGAACGAUGAAUGCGCAAGUAAUGGCUUCAGCCUCGCACAAUGAUGUUCGUGUGCAUAUUUGGAUGUGAGCGAGCUUAAUCUGCACAAAAGCAGACCACGUGCUUCCAGCAAUGUGCUGCUGAAGUGUUGGCAGUGAGACCGGUUCAAGUCCAGUCUUACGACAUUUGUGCGAGUGCGACUUGUGCAAAAAAGGUUGUCACCAGGAACCAUUGCUGUUACAAUAAAUGUGCAUCAGUCAUUGCAAAA